CGAAGUGUGGUUGGCAAAUUAUGAAUGUCAGGUGUAAUCCGCAAUCUGAAAGUCGAGGAUGGAUUUGAUUAACUGAAGUUAGAUUAAUAGCACUUCGAAACUGAACAUUUUAUUGUAUCCGACAGGUGCAUGCCCUCUGGCCAAGACAGUUUUAUGUCUCCUGCUUGGAUAUAGCUGACCAGACACUCCUUUUUCCUCUUUCAAUCCUGACUGACUCCAGUUAAAAAAAAAAAAAAAAAUAUGUCUAAUUAUUCAUCUUUGCAUUUAAAACCACUAUCAGGAUAUUCACACAUGGUUUUCUCCAAACAGCAGUACAAUGCCAUCAGCCCUUUUUACAACAUACAGUUACACAUUUCCCAUAAAGGAGCCAGAGCACGUAAAAGACGGCUGGAUGAUUCCUAUUUCGAUGAGACCUGCGAGACCCCACUGAAAAGACAGUGCAUCACAAGAACAUUUUCCCUGGAUCAGGGAUGCUUUUCUGUGGACGUCCUAACUGGUGUCCAGGAAUGGAGACCUAUGCAGCCAUUAAAAUCAAAAGCCAUCACACUGCCUCGGUCAAAGGUCAAUCAGCCUGUGACCCCUGUUGUGUCCGUCCCUCUGUCCAAGAGCAAACAGAACUGGAUAGAUCAAGGUCGGAAGAGCUGGUCUCCCUCCCAGAUUCCGGCUCUUAAAUGGGACAGAGAGGAUCCUGUGGUUGAGAUAUCAUUGCAUGCAUCUCUAAAUUUUGAUAUUUGCAGUUCGGUUUCUUUAGAUGGCUCUCAGGGGCCUGUGAAAGAUGAGGUCCGGGAGGUUUUGUGUGAUCUUAUUCCAGUCUGUGAAUCAAAAUCCCACAUCGCACCCCCAGAAACUGUUGUCCCAGUGAAAGAGGAGGAUGGAGUGUCUGUCAGUCAACAGGCAGAGCCCAAGGUGACUCUGGGAAAUGAAGAAACCACCGCAGAGAGCUUUGAGAGUGCACAGGUCCAGGUGAAGUCUGAGGUGAUUGAUCCAGACAACACAAAGACCACCAGCAAACCUCUGGUGUUUUAUGAAGAGGAGUGGGAGAGACGGAAGAAGACAUAUGUUGAGUCUGUAAAAAGACAUAUGAAAGAAAAAGGAGCAGCAAACGGUGUCAUCACUGAGCUCCAUACUUUGAUGAAUACUGUGGCCAGUCACCAAACUGGAGGGAAUGGACCACACUGGCAACACCCGUCAGACCUCACACAGAGGAAUUAUCUUCAAUCCCGUUCCAGAUGUCUGUUAGUCUCCCUUGACCAGUGGCAAAAAAGAAACCAUCUUUCCCAUCAAUACUUUGCUAAAGUACCAGAUAUUUUCCACAGGAGCCCAGUGCUAUGAUUUAUUAUUUUUUUACUUUCAUUAUUCUAUAUAUAUUUGUUGUCUUAGCUUUUUCUCUCUAUCAUCGGUAUAAAGUCGAGGAUCAUUGAGUCAUGCUGCUGUUUAGUUUCUCACUGAGAGGUCGGAUACAUUUUUGUGUGUCUAUUGUGAUUUUUUACUUUUUCCAUUGUACAUUGUUGCAUGAUAGUACUUAAUUCAGUUUGCUUUAUUGAGGGGGAACAUUGCAGUGUUCCUUUAGCUAUUUUAUGAACUAAUUACAGUGUUUUUUUUGUUUUUGUUUUUUGCGUUAAAUGCAUAUAAAGGCAUAUACCGAUUUUA